AGUUGGGGUUCGGUGCAGUUGAGAGGAGCAUCAGUCAUCGGAGCGUCUUACAAAUGCGAGUUCCGCGAGCGUGAAUUGAGAAAACUUUGAUUCAAGCUCCCAAGAGUUCACAAGUGCUGACUGGCUGGCAGUUGCCGGCAAACACUUGCUCCGUUCGGAUCGUUUUUUCCGUGUACUCCGCAUGUAACGCGCUCCCUGAGGUCUACCCUUUUUUUCCAAGAACUCCAAUGUUGCAUUUCUGUGCUUGCAUCGAAGUGAACUUUUACCUUUGUGAGUGAUACGAACUUCUUAUGUCUUUGAAUUCAAUCCAACCUACCCUCUCUGCUCUUCAACAUCUUCAGCCAAUGUGUUAACACACCAGAUGUGACUUAUCCGCAAGAAGUUAGUUAUAUAUGGAUUAAAAUGGAAUACAGUGUUGGAUAGCUAAUUGAAAAUUCGUGUGAGGGAAUUUUACAGCAUCACCAAUUAAUGCACUUAAAAGGCAUUACGAAAAAAAAGUAUAUAGGUAGCAGAUGAGUGUGGGGAAAAGGUGAAAAUUUUCAAUUUCACAAAAAAAUACAAUUAAUACGGUGUGGUACAUUUUGGUGAAGAGCUCCCUGCAGGAGUGAUUUUGUGGCAAAGAGUUUUGGAUUUUUUUUGCUGUUGUUGGUAAUUUCAAUGUAUUUCCCCAACAUCGUUGCGCGCCUCAUAUCGAAUUGAAAAUGUACAUUGUGAUGUGGAUUUUGUAGUUGAAGAUCGGUAGAAGAUAGUGCCUAGAGGGGGAAAAAAUACAUAAUUCAGUAAUCAUCCAGAUUAAUCUUGGAACAGCAAAAGCAGCCAACAUUUAUCGCAGCAUUACGAUCGAAUAAAUAUGUAACAAAAAGUGCAACAAUAUACAAUUCCUUGAAGGAAAUAUUUCAUACCCCCUCAUCAUCAUCACUGUGAGCAACACGAAGCUUGGGAAAAGGACGACAGCGUCUCCGUGUCUCCUGUUUGUCUUCAGUUGAGACGCAUUGGUACAUUUAUGGGCACUGAAGCAUUAAUGUCUACCAGACUGUAGUAAUACUACCUCUCUUCAGCCUUCUCAACCCUAUUCGCAGCAUAUAUAUAUAACGAAAGACUCCACCAUCUGCAAGGCAGUCGGCGCAUACAUACAGGAGGAGUAAUCUCCUUCAGGUGUUGUGUGUGUACACCUCCAUGCAGUGUGACAAGGGUAAUUGAUUACUGGUGACGUGCCCUUCUUACCCUCCCUGUCUGCCACGUGCUCCAAUUUUUCACCCUGCAGAAGAAUGCGAAGAUUGCGGCUGCCGGGGCAAAUGGAGAUUCCCUGCAUCACCUACAUUGUCAUGCAUACAUGAAUGCGAAGUACAUUUUGUCCUUGGCAAGAAAAUUGGAUGUGAUUCAAAAAGAGGAAUAAUAUCCUCUGAAAAAAAAACAAGUGAAAAAGUCUUUUAAGCUAUGGUGCCACUGAUGCUGCAGUACUCCAAUUUUUGAAGUUUUUUCCCUCAUUCUCUGAUCUCUUUAUACUUGCAAACUUCCCAAACUAUUCGCAUUGCUGACAAUAUACCCACUGAAAUGAUUUAAAAGUGAAAUUUUAACAUUGUUCACCCAAUUCAGUAUUGAUCCAGAGAAAAAAAUCUUUUUCUCUCACAAAGUUUUCCCCACAUUUCUUGUAAAAUGUGUGUAAAAAAGUGAAAAAGUGCAUAGAAGAAGAAGUAAAGAGAUAAAACUCCCAACACCAACGAAAGUAACAUGGAUUGCCUUUGUCGCUCAUCAAAGGUCAUUUCCGUCAGGAUUGUCCUGCUCGACGAAACGGACUUCCUCUACGAAAUAAAGGAUGAUCUCCAGGGACAAGCUCUACUGGAUGUGAUAUUCUCACGCCUCAAUCUCAUGGAGACGGCGUAUUUUGGCAUUAGAUACUUGGACCAGGAAAAUCAAACUCACUGGUUGGAUCCUCAGGCUCGGAUAUCCCGCCAACUGAAGGGAUGCUGCGAGCCGUACGAUUUGUAUUUCGGUGUGAAAUUCUAUGCUGCGGAUCCGUGCAAGUUGUUGGAGGAGAUUACAAGGUACCAACUAUUUCUGCAAGUUAAGCAGGAUGUACUGCAGGGGCGUCUCCCGGUGUCGUUUGAAUUGGCGGCUGAACUUGGUGCAUAUGUUGUACAAUCUGAGCUGGGGGAUUACGAUUCCAGACGCCAUUCACCGGGGUAUGUGUCAGAAUUUCGGCUUCUCUCGAAUCAGACGAGAGAACUUGAGAGUCGUGUAGCAGAAUUACACCAACAACUCAAGGGGUUGUCACCCUCGGCGGCGGAACUCAAUUACUUGGACAAGGUUAAAUGGCACGACAUGUACGGUGUUGAUUUGCAUCCCGUCUUGGGGGAAGACAGUGUGGAGUAUUUCCUGGGAUUAACACCGAGUGGCAUUGUUGUGUUGCGGAAUAAGACUACAGUUGCACACUACUACUGGCCACGAAUUGCAAAAGUCUACUUCAAAGGAAAAUACUUUAUGCUGCGGGUUUGUGAUAAAAAUAAUGAAGUGAGUACGUAUGGCUUUGAGACACCCCGAAAGUCUGCGUGCAAACAUUUAUGGCGGUGCUGCGUUGAGCAUCACGCCUUCUUUCGACUGGUGCGAGUCGCGCCGAUGCAGCCUCCGGCUGGGACGACUGACUUGUUUGCACUGGGAUCACGUUUCCGGUACAGUGGGCGCACGGAGAAGCAAGCUGUUCGGGAUGCCAUGAGUCACGGAAGGACACCGCCCGCCUUCACCAGAACACCAUCCCGGCGACAACCGAGGCGGGUAAUCGAUGAGCUUCUCGAUGCGAAAUCAUCUGAGAGUUCCGGCAAACAGGCAAAGCACGAGAUCAAAACAAUAUCAAUACCGCAACCUGCACAAAACUCCGAUGUACUAUAUCGGUCAGCUUGCAGUAUCCCUGCGGCUGUCAAUUCACGCUCUUUCCAAAGAAACGGCAGCAGCACUGGUGCCCCGGAUUCCCCGCGUAGCACAAGAAGUGCCCCGUGGGUACGUUCACAGCAACGUGGUCUCUUUGGUGUCACAGCUAGUCCGAGGUCUGUGAGGUCGGCCUCUCGCGAUGGUCCUACGCAUCGCUACCGCUCGAGCUCAGUGGAGAGUCACUCAUCGAAUGACUCAAGAUCCUGUCGGCGGCACAAGAGUGGCAAGAAUAGGCGUACAUCUGACAAUGAGAGUGAAUUUUCUCGGGCAUCGGGUCGAUCGGGACGAUCACACAAUUCCCAUCGGAAGCACAGACGCCAAAGAUCUAAGCAUCGCCGCAAUGAUUCUGGCUCGGAGAAUGAUAGUAUGAGGACACGAAGUUACUCAGGCCACCGCGUCUCGGCGGGAUCGGUAGAAUUAAUUGACUCAGGAACUCAAUGGCGAGAGGUGCAGCGGAAGCAGGCAGAACUCAAUGGGUAUAGCUCCAUUCAACAGGCGUCCGUCAUUAAGAGCAAUCUCAUUCCCAAACACCAUGCCGGUGAUUCUGACCAUUCGCACCAUCGAAGCAGAAAGCACCGCAAACAUAGAUCUCCUUCUGAGAGUCGCACGAAAAUAUGGUCGAGUGAAUUGGCGAAGCAUCUGCAAUUUGAUUUAGUGGAUACAACAGGCAUGACAGAGGCUCAACUUCGUGAAAUACCCUACACUGUGGUGGAAACCAACUCCAUUAAGCGUCCCAAUACAAACUCCCUCAAAGUUCACAAGAGCAGCACCAAUAAAGACCGUGUUGAUAGGAUACGAGGGAUUUAUUUGACAGAAACAAAUGAAACACCCGGCGUGGUGGAUGGUUCCAUUAGAUCUGCAAGCACCAUAAGUUCUAACAGAGAUGCAGAUAGAGAUCGAAAUAAUGGUCUUGUUAGAAUGAUGUCCAGUUUGAGUAUGGGAGACUUUAUUUCUCCAACGGGUUCGAGCUUGAGUCCCCUAGAUGGAUCAGGACUACGGGUAUCGCAUGAGCAUACUGACUCUGGCCUAGGUGCAGACCAGGACUACGCUUACUCAUCCGAAAGAUCCAGCGAUAGUACCAAGUAUGGUACAAACAAAUCCUCUGGGGCAUCCGUAACGUCGGGUCAGCACAAGAUGACGAAUGGUUCACAGGCCGGUGGUACCUCACUAUCAAAUCAUCAUCAUUCAGUGAGUACCAAUCGGAAGCCUCCGGUUCACCCAAACCGGCAGGCAAAUAGUUUAAAGACAUCCACAUCGGUUCCUGUACAUAAUAACAAUAACUACCACGCCGCUAACAACAAUACCACAUCUUUGCUGAGUAAUCUCGUUUAUCACAACGACCUCCAUUACACGUUUAGUCUUAAUCGCAUUCCUGGCGGUGGUUUCGGUGGUGGUGGUGGGUUCACAUCACCCAUAAGUGCAAUGGCUUUAUCGCCUAGCGAUGGUCACGGCAGUUGCUCAAUUCGUGCACCACGUGGUACCAAAUCCGAUAUUGGUGUGCCAAUAAAUAGGCGCCAUUUAACAAAAUUGUACUCAAAUGCAACUGCCGGCGUCCAUAGUGUAGGGAAGUUGGCGUCGGUAAAGUCGGAGAAUCAACUGGCUGCCUUCCACAUCUCCGGUGCUUCCACCGACUACCUGGACAAUUAUAAGACUGACACGGGCAACACAUUCGCGGCACUUAACACGAGUAGUGCGCACAAUAACAAUUUUAUUAGUAAUAAUAACCAUAAUGGUUCAGAUCAGCUGCAGCGAACUAAUGUAAAUAACACAACGCUUCCUUCCCCACACCAAAUGACUACGGGCACAGCGGUUGGGCCACUGCUUUACCUUGAUACGGAACAUCAAUCAGCAAUGCGAUACGUAAACAACGCCAGUCGAUUCUACAGCAACGUGAGUAACCUACAUACAAACCUACCAUCCUAUUUAAAUGAGGGGCAUACAUAUUUUACAUAAUAUUCAGCAUAAUAUCUUCCAGCAGUGGAUUUAUUUUUCAUUUUAUAUCCUCCCCAUACUACUACCCCCGUAAAGAGCACUAAAAGUAAUUAACGUUAGAAUUUCAGUUGUCGUUUGCAUGCUUACUAAUCCCUAAAAGUGAUAUGUUGCUGCAAGAAUGUUUAAUGUGAUUUUUUUUUCAUGCUGAAUUGGGCAUUGCUCUAUACCACCUUCGCACAGAACAUGCUAACAAUGAGUUGGCGCAUUUAUUUCCUUUUUUUUUGCUCUCUCUCUCGCGCAAAAAACAAUUAAAAAGAAAGUAUAUAUGGGUACAAAAUGUGUGUGAAAUGCACUACCUAUAUACACGGUACUAUGUGUACCCACUUAUGCUUUGUUCUUUCACUUUAAUAACUUCAUUUUGGUAUGAAUUCUCGCGCAAUAACAUGUGUGCCUUUGCACUAUUAUAGGUACCCUAUAAGAAGGUAUAUUAUUAACUAUUUUAUUUACACACAAACUCUUACACAUAAUGUGGAGAGACUUUCACAAAAGAUGUUAUAGUGCUACACGCAGGAAACUUCAAAGAGACAACACUAAAUUAAUUUUCCUCCCAUUUGUACACAACGAAUGGGAAAUAAUUGCAAUAAUUAUCCAAAUUCCACGUUAUGGGGAAUGCUGAAUUUUCCAACUCUGCAAACAAUUUGAAAAUUCAUCAUACCGCGCGUGUUGGGAAAAUGCUGAAAAAAAUAUAUACAUGAGCCGUAUGCGAUAGAAUUUCCAUAUGCAUUUGAAAACCACCCCCUAUAGCAAUAUUUAAUGAUGAACCUGUAUUUGGUAACCUUUUAUCAGUUAUAUGAAUCUCAUGACUGAUCCAACCCCCUUCAGACAUGCACCUAUUAAAUUUCAUUUUCAGCUUCCGCGAGGGGUUGUUGGAGAUGAAAAUUUCGUAAUCGUUGUCAUUAAUUAAAUCUCCCAGCACCACCCUGUACAUGCUACAUUAUGUAUUGUAUUAUAUACUUCUUUAAUCACUCAAUUACAUGAACCAUUAUUUCAUAUAAAUGACUUCGGUAUAUAAGUAGUGUGUGAGGAUGAGGAUAAAUUAUGCGGGUAUAUCUUCACAGAUUGCCGACAGUACAAAUGCUGAAUUUCAAUACAGCUAUUUCAUGGAGAUUACACAUGAGAUUCAUUCAUGGUAACAUCCCCAAAGUUCCUAAUUCAAUUACAAUGACCCACACGCAUCCUUUGUAUGGUAUUAAAUCAAGAAUUUCAUACAUACAUAUAUGCAAUAAUAGCAAGGGGAAGAUAUUGAGUGUAAGUGGUGUACAUAAUCUUAAUGUUGCUUAAAUUAGUAUAAGUUUGAUUUUAUUAAGAACGCGAUAGAAUUACAUAUGAAGGUCGGGAAAUUCAAGACAGGAAGGUUCAUAAAAAGCUCUAAAAGCUCUUUAAUUUUUCAAAGGCCAUUUUACCCAAAUCUCAUUGGGAAAUACGACAUUUUGAACUCUAAUCUGACUUUUUGUUCUUCCAAUUGAGAAUGUUCUAAAUUAACUUCGGCACAUACUUGCUGGAUAGUCAAAAAAUCAUUGUUUUGGGCAGAAAAUCUUAAGAUAUUCAACUCCCGGAAAAUACUUAUUGCUUCCUAUUUCGGAUAUCCUAAAUAGGAUUUUUUAACCUGACAUGUUUUGGGGUUAAGAUUUUGUAAAACUUUGUUCAAAAACUUUAAAAAUUUUCAUAAUUUACCCAAAAAUUUACUCCCGAAAUUUUCCAAUCAAAUUCUCAGACGAAAGUUCAUUCAAAAACUAAAAUGGUUUAUGUAAUUACGAAAAAAUCGCGUCCUUAUUGCAAAAUAUCCAUUCUUCAUGAUUGAAUAAGUACCUAGGAUACCUAGAGAGAGAGUCCAAAAAGUCACUGCCGGUAAGAAUCAGAUAAGAAUUUUACCCUGGAAAAAUUAAAAAAAAAAACUUUAAAUUUAAAAAAUAGAAUUUUAAUUGUAGUGAAUAAAAUGUUAGCUUUGCGCAUCCAAGGAUUAAAUCUUGCAUGGAAGAAAACAAAAACCUAAUGAUGACGUCAAUAUUUGCAUUUUUUUAAACCAAUUCUCCCAUUUGUUUUUAAGAAUGAGAGGUUUUCCCUACAAAAAAACGGGUUAACUUAUUUUCCAAUAUUUAUAUUUAAAUUUUCUUUUUUUUUAUUUAUUUGUUUUUUGGUUUCAAAGACUUUUAUUUUGUUUUAUUAAGCCAUGGACUUUAAAUACUAUUAAAGCCUUGAUCAGUCUUUAUAAACCAAUUUGGUUAAUGAUAAAUCAUGUAUAAAUUUAGAAAGAUUUGUUGAUAAUUAAAUAAGGAAUUUUCACACCCAACCGUGAAAAAAACACGAAUAUAUUUUUUUUGUUUCUGUGUUCUUUUUUUUAUUAUUAUUACUAGGCCAGCUGAGAAGUAAAAUAACUUUUAAAUAAAGUCGGCCUAGCCAAAUUUUGCACCAUUUGAUUCAAAGAAUUAUAAGAAACCUUUUUAUACUUACUGUAGUGCUCUAAAACUUAUGCUCGUUUCAGAAAAUGCGUUUAAAUAUUCCCAUACAUUUUCCCAUAGAAGCCAUCAAAGCCAUUGAACGAACAAGUGACGUCACUGGGGGGUUCCAAGAAAUUGCUCACACAAACCACAUAAAAUACUAUAAUUUUUACAAUUUCCACUCAACAAAUAAUAACGAGGAUUAAAAAAAGUACUUCCUACAUGAGAUAAUGCAGAAAUAAUAAGUAGGGGAACGUGGCCCAAUUGCGACCCCCUAAAUUCUGUUUCAGAAGGAUUGAAAAAAGUCAUAUUAAAAUGAAUUAAAUCUUCCCAAGUUUGGUACCAUUGGAAAGGUCAUUUAAUAGGCUAACUUUGUUCUAUAGAUGCAAACAUUCUAUCUCUUACCUGUUCUGAGUAAUAAUGGAAUUAAAAAAAGUUGCUAAAAUUGCGCUUUUUCACCACGGUGUUCUAAUUGCGACCCCCCGAGUGUUCCAAUUGCGACCCCCUGUUUUUGCCGUAAUUUGUGGGUUUUUCACUAGUAGAUCACUUUUAUCACUACUAUAAAUAGGAAAAACACCAUGAAUUACCCGGAAAAGCCGGAAAAUCAAGAAUUUAUUUUCAUUCUUCCCCACAUUUGUUUUGACAUUUCGCCCUUGAGGUGACUACACACACUUUCACACACACUGACAAUUGCGCACUCACUGACGUAAUUCGCAGAAAAUCCACGAAAAUUCUUCUGAGGAAUGCGUAAAUUACACUAACUACACUCCCCUUUGGCUUUAGGAACAUUUUCACUGCGAAAAAACUUUCAAGAAACGUGAAAAAAUAUUGAUUUUCCCAAAAUCAAAACACAGCGCGGUCUGUGUGAGAGAGACACUUCCACACCACUACACGCAUGCGCGACUGCUUUACCGUGGUGAAUGGUGGAAAUAGACGGUCCGAAUUGAAACAUUUUGGGGGUCGCAAUUAGACCAUUCUGCAUGUAUUACAUUUUCACUUAAUUACUUAAAAUACCUAAAAUCUUUCAAAAAAUUGUAAAUCAAGUAAUAAACUAGACCCUCUAAGCUACAGAAACGCGGCAUAAUAUGAGACAUAAUAGUGGGAAAAAAACUCAUAUCAACUUAGUUUCUAAAAUCAGAAAAUGUCGGCCAAGUGCUGAAAAUGAAUUUUGAUUUUUUAUUAGUCCUGUUGUGUACCAAAUUAAUUUAUUUUAGGCGCUAACAUUAUCUUACUAUAAUAUCUUCAUAAUGUAGUGAAACUAAUUUUAUAAUAUUUCGUCAUUUACGAGAAAAAGGGGCGGUCGCAAUUGGGCGGCGGUCCGAUUUGGGCCACGUUCCCCUAAACAUACAUUAUUUCACAAAAAAAAAAUCCCCACAAAAAUGAAAAUAUUUACUCGAAAAUUCUCAACUGUCAAAUCAUACUUUUUCGGAACACGAAAUUCAGCGACGUCGCAUGUUCGUUCAAUGGCUUCGAUGCCUUCUAUGGAAAAAUGUAUGAAAAAUUUUUCAAACGCAUUUUCUGAAAUGAGCAUAAGUUUUAGAGCAUGCACGUAAAUAUUAAAAAAAAUUCUUAUAUUUUUAUGAAUCAAGUGGUGCAAAAUUUGGCUAGGCCGAAUUUAUUUAAAAGUUUGGGGUCAUUUUCCGCUAAUUCUACUG